GUUUAUUCAGGGAGGGUUCAUUGGUCAAACUUUAUUUAUGAUACAAGACUGUCAACCAUAAACUCUCAUACCCAUCUUCUUCUCUUCUUUUGUAUUCCCCCCCCCCCCUUCUGCUCGGAAUCAACAAUAAGGAGAUAUGGGUGAGAAUGGAAAAGUACACCAAAAUUGUGCUAAAGCUGCUAAUCCCUACCAUGAAUGUGGUGCAUAUUGCCUAGAAAAGAAUACUGAUGGCAAGGGAUAUAAAGAAAAUGACAAAAAGGUCAUUUUAGGUAACCGCUAUGGUAAAGGAGAAGCUGUGCAUAACAAAAGGACUAAUGAUGGGAACAGAGCGCAACCAAAUUGCCCUAAAGCAUCUAACCCUUACCAUGAAUGCGAUGAAAAUUGCAUCCAGAAAACUUCCAGAGCUGCUACUCUGGGGAUUGUAAAAGAAUCAGAUAAUCGCAACGGUAUAAAACAAGGUGACUCUAUCAGAAAGAAGAAUGACAAGGGACGAGUGCACCAAAAUUGCAUAAAGUCAUCAAAUCCAUAUCAUGAAUGUGAUGAAAAUUGCUUCGAAAGAAGUACAGAGGCCAUAGCAGAAUCAGGUUCCAAAUUUGUUGAUGGUUCCAAAAGCUUUGACCGGAAAAAGAAGGGAUCUGAGUCUCAGCCGAAAUCCCCUCAAGCACUUGAGAUUGCUCCUGCCCUAGGCGCAGUUUACCAUGGUGACCAGAAAUCCCUUCAGUCUCAUUUAUAUAGGGAGAAGAUGGAAGAAGAGAAUGGUGAGUCUUUUUCUUCUUCUGAGCGACACUCUGAAGAGAUUUAUUCCCGAGAUCAAUCUUCCGACAAGGCCCAAAUUCAGUACUCCCAACCAUUGCCUAUGUCUGACAAAAUCACGUCUCCUGGUGAUACCAAAUAUGAAGCAAAGAAGGUUCUAAAUUCCGCAAAGGUAAGUUCAGAUGCAAAUACCGAGGAUGCAACUAGCUUAACUUUUAGUUUCUCAGGGAUCAUUCGAGCUUUAGAAGACAGUGAUCAGGAAGAUGUCAAUCUGUUAUUUCUGAUUCAUGUGUAUCAGUUGGAAAAUACAAUGUGAAAGCAAGCGUCUCCUCAACCCUACAGUCAAUUCUCGAUAAACAUGGAGACAUAGCAGCUAACUGUCAGUUGGAAUCUGCUUCCAUGCGUGCAUAUUAUUUAGAGUGCUUGUGUGCUGUAGUUCAAGAUCUUCAGUUCACUUCAUUCAAGCAACUGACCAAAGUAAAAAUUAAAGAAAUGUUUGCUGUUCUCAAGGAUGUUGAAUCUGCAAAUAUUGAUGUUAGUUGGCUGCGUGGUCCGCUCAAUGAAAUCUCGGAAGCCGUUGAUCUUGUUAAUCAACUACAAACUUUGAAGCCAAAAG